AUGGCAGACACUCGCUACUACCCCGCAACAUCUACAUACCCCUCGCCUCUGGUCGGGUUCGAGAACCUCGACCCCCUCCCCAACAACGAGGUGGGCGAGGGCCUCGAGAAGAGCCUCGUGAACCCGCAGACAGACAUCCUGAGCGAGUUUGUCGAUCCCCUGAACAGGGGCGAGAGAGGCGGCUUCGAUGUGCACAUAUACUACAACCAGGGCAGCCCGGCGCAGACAAAGUAUGCCCGCGAGUUCCCCGAGCUCCGCGUCUUCAACAUCUUCGAUGGCCCCAUCGGGCCUCACCCCGUCGCCAUGAUCGAACUCAACGUCUUCACGCCGGCUCAGUUCGGCGCCGUGGUGGCCUGGAUCGCUAUCUGGCGCGGCCCCUUGUCCGUCCUCGUGCACCCAAACACGGUCGCGGGCCCCGGCGAGGACAAGAUCGAGGUCGCCCGCCGCGACCACUCGCAGCGCGCGAUCUGGAUGGGCGAGCGCCUCCCCCUCGACCUCGAUAUCUUUGCCAACAUGGCGGCCGAGAAUAAUCUGACGGGCGCGAGGACUUCAUGAGCUUGAUUCUUUUUUUUCUUCUUUUUUUUUUAGUCUACUCUUCUCGGCAGACAGGGCGCGUUUUUGGGGAGUGUCGACAAAGGAGCCGCGGCGGGCCGCUUUCACGCAAUAAAUAGUCAAUGAGCUCAAGUCAAUAAUACGGAUUCGAAU